AUGCAUCUGUGGCAGGCCACUAUUCCCUUUUGUCUGCUGGCAUCAGCAGCCUUACCCACCGUGGCAGCGACAGCUUGGGGCUUUACUGAUGCCACCGUGGCAGUUCAACCCAAGGGCGCUGGUAUCAACGGCGGAUUCAAGGAACAAUUUACUUCGUCGAAGCCACUGUCGAAACCAGUCUCGUUUGCCGGUGCCGAUACAUUGCGCGUCACCUUGACCGCGCAGGAGGGAAGCUCUGCGAAACGACCACACCAGGCCUUUCUUUUACUGAAAGAUCCUCAGAGUGGAUUGGACAUCUCCUAUCCUUUCACAGUGAAGGAGAAUGGCAAGUCGCGGGUGGAAUUGGUACAUGCAACCCGGGUUAGGAAGCUCUUAUGUGGACAGCAAACUAAUCAGACACCGCAUCUAGACCCAGAAGGAGCUUCCGGUUCAAUUCCUCUCCUCCCUGAUCCUGUCGACGCUCACAUCCUGAUCGGCUCUUUCGGCAACUCGGACGCCUACGACAGCUCUGUCUUCAAGCUAGCUAUUCAGCGCGACCCUAACGUGCCUGUCCCGACCGCGGAGACCGCGCGGUAUGGCAAGCAGCCCGAGAUCCACCAUAUCUUCAAGGACUCAGCAAGCAGCCCACCCAUCAUCAUCACCCUGGUCUUUAUGGCCAUGGUCGGUGCUACUCUUCCUGUCCUCGCAGGCUUGUGGCUCUUCCUCGGUGCCAACCUCAACCACCUUCCGACCGCAUUCAAGUCUGCCCCUUUACCCCACGCUAUCUUUCUUGGAUCUCUGGUCGCAUUUGAGGGUAUUUUCUUCCUUUACUACACUUCGUGGAACCUGUUCCAGAUUCUACCUGCUGCGGCGCUGGCUGGCGCGGUCGCAUUCGUGAGCGGCAGCCGUGCGCUGGGUGAGGUGCAGGGUCGGCGCCUUGCUGGCCUUCGUUGA